CUCAUGAUCAAAUUUUUUUACUGGGAGCGGUGUCUUAAAAUCCCUGGAUUGCGUACAAGUUACAACUUACAAUUAAAGCCAGUUGAUUUUUUAUCAUGAUCAGCUUUCUUUAUUGACCAGCAAGGAGCUCCUUGCAACAGUAUGGCGGAUAAUAGUGUCACGCAGAAAUGGAAAGAUCUGGAAGAAUUCCUACGGGAUCGCCUGACAGCCGCUCCAUCCCGAAAAAUCGAGUGGAUUGCCGAUAAAAACGGCUGGCAACGAAUGGAAGUUGAAGGUGAUGUGAAAUACACCCAGUCAUUUACCGUUCAGGAUGAGGAAACGCGCAAGUGGUUAGGCGGAAACGACCUCCGAUUGACAGUUCACUGGCGAGAGAGAGCCUGGAGCGAGCCAUGGUGGAUCAACGGGAUCAAAGUAUCCCUUCCUGCUGCGGAUCGCGACACACCCGGCUCUGCUCAGCCGGUCCUGGUGUUUGACACCAUUCAUCUGGGCUGCAGUGACGCCCAUCACGCCCGCUGCAGUGACAUGCGGACGUAUUUCACCGCCGCCACAUUUGAGACGGAGUACGUGUUUGAACGGAACUCUACCCGCCCUUUUGUGGGAUACUCGCUGUUUGAAAAGGCCUUCGGUAGCGAGCGCGUUUUCGGAUCCGCAAAAUGGCUGAACCGACCGGGCGGGAUGCCGGUUAUUAACCACCUGGUCCGGAUGGUGCAGCAGACCAUUGCUUCCUGGCAUAUGUCGCCGGAAAUGGUCGCUUGUUGCGAAGACUGGUUGAACUCACUGGAUCAGCCAGGUGGAGAAGAUACCGUUAGUGUGUAUCUAAAGUCGGCGAGCGGAAAACAGCGAACGCUCACUCUGCAGCGAGAGGAACUGCAGUCGCUGGAACUGGCGUGCGGGCUUGGUACAAAUCAUUCUUUUUUCGGAGAAACCAGCAAUGAAAUCACGAGUUUCCGCGACCAUGAUGAGACGCAUGUGCUGCAGCUGUUACUCCUGUGCAAGUUUAAGGAGAACUUCGAUGUCGGAUACAACAUUCGAAAGCUGACCUUUUCGUAUGCAUCGACAUCCGCCGACUUGGAGGCAGACGCAGAGUUCGACAUUCUGGAAGUGUACAAGAUCGCCCAUGAGCAGCAGAUCAGUGAGAUCCUGCUGCGUAAGAUCGAGAUUUAUUUGGUCCAGCAUGUGUUGGGGACGGCGAAAAGGAAUGACUGGGAUGAAUUUUGUUAUUGGCGCAAUAGCAUACGACUGUAUGAGCUGCCGGUGUUGAAGGCAGCUAUGCGGUUGAUCGCGCAGGAUUACACCUGGCGCGGUGUGAAUGGGGAAGUUGUCCACCGGACGUUGUUUGAAUACUGAGUGCACGAAAAUUGUGCGAUAGCCGGAACAGUGGGCUACGGAUUUUGGAUCCGAGGCAGGCAUGGAAUCAAGGAGGAAUGGAAUUGAGGAGUCGGAUAUGAAAUGCCUCAUUAAUUUUCAGGACAGCGAGUGAGAAUCGUACCGGUCAGCGUUACUGCUUUUGUUUAAUGUUAUACGAGCUCGCACAGCUUGUGGGCCUUCUUGAUUUCGGUAUCGUUCUCUGAUACUGAGAAUGUCAUAAUUCAAUUUGUAUUGAACACGAUUUGUUACAGAAGUUCAACUUGUUUUUGACCUGUUAGACUAUCACAGGCAAAGGAAGACGGAAAUGUUUUGUACUACAUUUCUGAUGAGCAUGUUACUAGUAUAUUCCUAAAUUCAUCACA